AUGGCCGGGCCUGUGCAAUUUGCAGGAUUUGGGAGUCUCCGCGCCGUCCGGGGGUUCCGCGAGGUGCAGGCCUGGGUGUCUGCAGGGUCGAGUGUGGAUGAGGCAGCAGAGAGGCUGAGAAUAUCGAGGCAGGAACAGAGGGGGCAGUUAGACGAAAAAGCCUGCUGCGCCUCCGAAGCACAAUCUCCUGUUCUGCUGUACAUAAUCCGUCCGCCGCCGUCCCCGCCGCGCCUCCAGCUCCAGGUCGGUACCUUGAGACCUCGAGACCUUGAGACCUUGAGCAUCUACCCCUUGCUCGAGAGCUGUGGGUGGAUGGAGGAUGAGCAUUUUACACAUGCGGGCGCGCCGUCGACCGCCGCAGUCAGUCGAGGCGCCAACAGAGCCCGCCUGGCAAAUGUGGCCAGGCAGCUCCCAGCCACCGCCUUCCAGUGACCAGCCAGUGUAACGGUAGGUUACUGUCUAGCCCGUCGUAUCUCGAGUCGCUGGCUGAGCUCAGGGGAUGUUCUCGACGGUGCAACCAAUCACUCGACACCAAACUCCCCGCUGCCGUUGGUGUGUGUAAGGGCGGAGCGGCCGACUUUGUCUGACAGGAAUUGUGACGGCCCCCAUUUGACCCAAUCUCCUAUGGCGUCAUUCCCUCACGCAGACGGAACCCAUACCGCUCGAUACGCGCUUCUGGUUGCUGGAGGGGGUGUGGGGGAGCGGUCGUCCCGAGCAGCCUGGGCGACACUGGAGAGCCAGAGGCCUCUGCUCGGUGCUUCAAAUACAUGACCUCCUCUUGAUCGCAGCCCGAACCUGC